GGUGCACCAUAAGCCUAGUGCCCGGCCCGGUCCUAGGCCGAUGAGCAGUGCGGACACCGCCCUCCAUUUGCCCCCGGGCCUCGGCUGCGAAGGCAGCAGCGGCUGAAUAAGAAGCCCAAGAACGGCGCAGGGCCACUUCUCUACCAAAGCGCGACCGGAGAAGCGGCUCCAUCCACAGCACGGUUCUGGGACUCCCAAGAGAGAGGUCUACACCUGCGGAGGAGUGGAGGGGCGGGGGCGCCAGGAAAAGGAGCUGGGAGGAGCGGGUCGGGAGGAAGAGGAGGAGCGACGGAAAAAGGGAGUCGGGCCCCGGGCCGCUACCGUCACCUCGGCCGCCGCCGCCUUGUUCCCCCGCCCCCAGCCAUGGCUGAGGAGCUCUCCGCGGCCACGUCCUACACUGAAGAUGACUUCUACUGCCCUGUCUGUCAGGAGGUGCUUAAAACGCCCGUGCGAACCGCGGCCUGUCAGCACGUUUUCUGUAGAAAAUGUUUCCUGACUGCAAUGAGAGAAAGCGGAAUACAUUGUCCUUUGUGUCGUGGAAAUGUGACUAGAAGAGAGAGAGCAUGUCCUGAACGGGCCUUAGAUCUUGAAAAUAUCAUGAGGAAGUUUUCUGGUAGCUGCAGAUGCUGUGCAAAGCAGAUUAAAUUCUAUCGCAUGAGACAUCAUUACAAAUCUUGUAAGAAGUAUCAGGAUGAAUAUGGUGUUUCUUCUAUCAUUCCAAACUUUCAGAUCUCUCAAGAUUCAGUAGGGAACAGUAAUAGGAGUGAAACAUCCACAUCUGAUAACACAGAAACUUAUCAAGAAAAUACCAGUUCUUCUGGGCAUCCCACCUUUAAGUGUCCCUUGUGUCAAGAAUCAAAUUUUACUAGACAGCGUUUACUGGAUCACUGUAACAGUAAUCACCUAUUUCAGGUAGUUCCUGUGACAUGUCCUAUUUGUGUGUCUCUUCCUUGGGGAGAUCCUAGCCAGAUUACUAGAAAUUUUGUUAGUCAUCUAAAUCAAAGACAUCAAUUUGAUUAUGGAGAAUUUGUGAAUCUUCAGCUAGAUGAGGAAACCCAAUAUCAAACUGCUGUUGAAGAAUCUUUUCAAGUAAACAUCUGAAGGCUGUAGACAUCUCCACAUCUUUGUACCUGCAAGUGCCAUCUUUAAGGGGAAAACUACAUGAAGUCACCAUUUCAAUAACUUGAUGUGUAUAUUAAUAAAAGUAAUUCAGUCUGUUUCAGUUUUUUAAUUGAAAAAUAAAAGUGGGCCAUCUAAAAACUUCAUCCUCUUGAUAAGUUAAAUGAAAGUUAUGACAUCAGCUUUAAAAGCAUAAAAAGGGUUUUAUAUUUCACUACUGUAAUGGUGAAAAGGGAAUCCUUAUUGUACUUUAUCUUUUUUAAAUUAUACAUAUUCUUGAAUUUGUUAUGUUACUUUUGAGAUUUGGUGCAUUUCCUCCCAUUUACUUUGUUGUACACAGGUAGCACACAUUAGCAAAUUCUGAAAGAUGUGAUUGAUAUAAACCUAACAAAUCUGAGCCAGUUACCAGAAAUGUAAAAUGGAAACUUGAAGUGCUAAAUGGAACAAUCCAAAGGAAAUUUUUAAAAUUCAGAUUCUAGCUGAAGAAUUCAACUAUAAGAAAAUAGUAUUUAUAUAACAUUUAGUAUUUUUGAAUACUAGUGAGAUUUCUUUAAUAAUUUUAACUCUUUAAAAAGUGAAAGCUCAUUGUAAAGAUAUUUUCUUUUUGCUAUUAGAAGAAAAUAUCAAGAGACAAAUUUAUUUCUUUUGUGGGCAUUUAGUAAUUUCUAUCUUGUUUGUUUGACUAAUUUGUAAGCCUGAAAUAUAUUAAGCUGGAUAACAGCUCUUUGGCCUCAGAAUUUUCAAUAGCCAGUAUUUCUAAUUAGCUAAGAUGAAACUUUUAUUGGAAACUUUCAGUUGGUGAUAUAUUCUACAGAUGUGUUUCAGUGAGAGAUUUGUCUUCAUCUCAGUUUAGAAAUUCAUUUAAAGGUAAAGAUGUAUAUGUAUGUAUACAUACACUUUUGUGUGUGUAUGUGUAUUCAUGCUGUUUGCCAGUUUAUAUACAUAAUUUCUACUAAGGAUUUUAAAAAUGGACUAGCAAUAGGGAAUUGAAGUGUUUAUCUGAUUUGAUUAAAAUUUUGUAUAUCACCAAAUUUUUAAAAAGUGACAGUCAUGUACUAAGUGGUCUAGUUGGCUGCUAUUACACCUUAAGAAUUGAGUUUACACACACAAUUACCUGUUUAUAUGGUGCUCAUUUGUUCUCAAAGAUAAUGCAUGACUAUGAUGUAAUGAGACAGAUUCUACCAGCCACUCUGUUUCACUACUUUUUGGUUAAAAUUGGGUUUGUUCUUAGUGUUCACUAUGAGAAUUUGUAGGAGGCCCAAAUCACAGACUAAAGGACGAAGAGUGGAUUAGGUUACAUUCCAUACUAAUAUGCAUUGUUUAUGCUUUUCUUUAAAAUAACUAAAAGAACAUAAAAUCUCAGAAGUAGUUUGCUGCUAAUAUAUACAUAUAUUGUAUACAAAGGUAUAUUUUGGUUUUGUUAAAACCCUUGUUGACUUUUCUACAAGUGAACUUUUUUUUAACUUGAUUUAAUAAAAAUGUUAAUUUUGGAAGUGGAGUUUUGUAAAAACCUUUUUCAGUCAAACUUUAAUGACUUUAUUUAUGGAUAGUAAUAACAAUCACAAAAAAAGCCAUACAUCUUAAUGAAUAUAUGCCUUUGUUCUGUCAUUCUGAAGAGUGAUGUUUACUAUGUGCUUGAAUAUUUUCUCUGCAAUUACAUGAGUAUAAUUUUAAGAAAAGCUGUAUAAGAACUCUUUUUUAAAAAGAGACUUUUGACCAUAGUUUUUUUCCAGUUUAAAGCAAUAACUUCAGUAGUUUCAAAGGUUAAUAUGUCUAAUAUGUUAAACUAUUCUGGGAUUUGAGAAGUUCUUUAAAGGAAAAUUGUAGCAGAGAUCAUUUUGAUGAAAUUGUGUUUUGAAGUUUUGUGGAUGAGUUAAGUAUCAUUAAUAGUCUUGUGUGUCUUAUAGAUAAGCUUUUUCAUAAGAAAAAAUAUUGACUUUAUUUGCUUUUAUCUGGGAACAACUCAGUAUCGAAAUGAUUGUUUAAAAUAUCCCCUCCUUUUGUCAGUGGAUUGGGGAUAGGGAUAGGCUUUACAGAUUUAAUUUAAUGGAAAUUUAAUUCAUGGAAAAAAAUCCUUAUUUUUAAUAUUGCUUAUAGCUGAGUCAGGAUAAAGGAGGGAAACUAUUGAUACUACAAUGCCUAAAUUUCACAGUACUAUUUAGGAAAGCUAUUUCUCUCACAAAUUACAGUUUAUGUUGUUAAAUACAAAAUCUUGAGAUGUAUUGCUUUAUUUUUCAAUUAAAAGUGGUUUUCUCCUA